AUGAGUAGUUACCCCGCGCGAAGAAUAUUGACACCUGGGGCCACACGCAAGCGGAAAGAGACGGAAGCGCCGUUAGUUCCACUGACGUCGGUCACCCGCGCCGUUAGUGGGGCUACGACGUCGUCUAAGGGAGCCGAGCCGCAGCCGGUCGCAUCGAACCGGCUCUUAGCCGGGUACAUGGCCUACGAGUUCCUGACCAAAGGAACUCUUUUCGGGCAGAAGUUCGACCCGGGGCGGGCCGAGGCGAUGCCGGUUAACGUGGCGGAGCCGAAGAGGAACAGGCAUGGUAAGGAAGCCGGGCCGAUGGUGAAGCCGAAGCCGGAGAGUUAUGCUGAGGUGGCAAAUAUAAUUAGAAGCGAUGCGGUCCACAUACAGGGAGUAGUCAACCCCACGCAAUUAGCUCGGUGGAUUCAAAUGUAG